CAGGCUUGUUUACACACGUCAUCAUAGCGCGACGAUUUUAUUUUAUUUUUUUACUUUUUGGUACGGAAGAGUGGUCAAUACCCCACAGCAUGGACAGGUUCGUGAUUAGAAACCCUAAACCGCGGGCACCGGAAGACACAGGAGGAGGAGGGGGGAAACUGAAGGCCUCCAAGGGCCAGGCCACUCUGCACUCCUUAAAGAGAGUUGUGGUUUUGGAAGAUAUAAAGAGAUGGAAAUGUAUCCUGGAGCUGCCCAACCAAACGACGGAGAAUCUGAUAGACGCCUUGUCACAGCUGAAGAAGAAAAUUCCAUCAGAGGAAGUGAUCCGUUCCACGAAAAUAGGGGAGGCAGUGGGUCACUUGCAGAUACAUGGUGACAAGGAAGUAUCUGAACUGGCCAAAGAAGUGCACACCCAAUGGGAAACCUUCAUACGGGAAAAUCGCUGUAAGCCAACCAUAGAGGUGCGGUGCGAUGCUGCGACCGAGAAGCUGCGGAGCAAUGCCAGGCGGAUGCUCAGUGAAGCCUUGGAUGCAGAGGCUGGGGACUCUUUGGCCGAGUGCAUUGAACGUGAAGUCUUCCACCAAAGCUCCAGACUCAUCAAUGUGCACUAUAGACGGACGGUCCGAGCUUUGGUGUUCGCUCUGAAGCAUAAACCAGAGAUUAGGACGCAGGUGAAAGACGGACACUUACCUGUCAACCAUCUAGUGAAGAGUUAUAAGAAGUAACAUCCUGCAGCUUCAUGGACAUUAUAUGGAGGAGCGGACAAACCUCCCGGACUGGUCGUCACUUCAUAUCCAGGAGAAUGUUCUUCAUGCCGAGCUGCCAUUAUUGAACCUAGCUGUGAAACUUUUUUAGUUUUUUUAUUGAUGGUAAAAUUUCCGAUAUAUUUAUAUAUUUAAUUUUUUAAGAAUA